ACUCCAAAAACGCAAUUAUGAGAGAUGAAAAAUGCACGCUAAACCGGGAAACAUAGCAAGAUUAUAUAAAAUAGGAUAUUCAUUUAUUUUAUUAGAGCUGCGAAAUAAUGAAACCGGUUUGUUUUCGAACAGCUACAAUUUAUCGAUCGCCGUUUAUUAUCGAUGACGAUUGCAGCAGUUGCAUGCAACCGUGCAGCGCAUAAAUAAAUAAAGUCGACUUGCCUCUGCUCGCUUUUUAGGUGUAUUUUUUUUUUGUGCUGCGGCUGCGCUUUUCGAAACUCGAAUCUCCGUGUUCGCUGUGCGAUAUGAUGUGAUGUUUACUAUGAAGUGAUCAACUAAAUGCGAACGCUAAGCUAUCGUGAAGCCAAAAUAAUCGGAUGAGUUGAGGGAAAACUCCAGAAAUCGCAUAGCCCAACUUCAGCAGCAACAACAACAACGGCAGCAGCAGCAACAACAACAAUUCGGAAUCGGAGGCGCAUUGUGUGAGCUAGAUCGACGAAGGAGAGGGAAAGAGAGCAGGAGACGAAGGAGAGUGGGAAGAAGGAGUGGAGAGGCGGAGGAGUGGCGCACAGAAUGGAUGUUGAAAUACCUGUUUUGGCUGGAUAUCUUAAUGUGCCGACCCAAACUGGAUUUUCGCUAAAUCGCAUCUCGAAAAAGAAAGCAUGCAGUCGCUACUGCUUGCUAUUCAAGGCCAGUCGCCACGGCAUCGCCCGCCUGGAGAUGUGCGAGAGCAAGGAGGACCGCAACCCCAAGAUCUUCACCCUCGAGAACUGUGUGAAGAUCACCCAGGAGCCGCCGCCCGAACGCCUCAUUCACAUCGUCAAGCGGCAGGCUACCCUCACACUGAGCACAAGUAGCGAGGAGGAGCUCAAGGACUGGAUCACCGCCCUGCAGACGGUGGCCUUCUGUGACACCUCACCAUCGGGCGGAAUCGGUGCCAUCGAGGAGGACAACGACCUCUACUGCAGCUCCUUUGACGGCUUGUUCAUUAUCACGUUGAUACCAUCCGAGGCCUCCAUUCGCUGCUGCAUUGAACCCAAGACGUAUAUGCUCCAGAUGACGCCCACUGAACUUCAGCUGAAAUCGGAGGAUUUGGGCGCCACAAUCGCCAUGUGGCCGUACCGGUUCAUCAGGAAGUACGGCUAUCGCGAUGGCAAGUUCACCUUUGAGGCGGGCAGAAAGUGCACCACCGGCGAGGGCGUUUUCACACUGGAUCACACCAAUCCGCAGGAGGUAUUCCGCUGCAUGUCCGCCAAGAUGAAGUCGAUGAAGAAACUGAUUAGCGGAGAUAGUCUGAGCACCUUGGAGUGCGGUGAGAAUCAGUUUAGUGCGGCAGCUGGCAUGGAACCCGGCUCGCGUAGCCCCCUGCCACCAUCUCCGUCGAGCAAUCCCCACGGUGGGGAGUUCGAGAUCAACUCGACGCAAAGCUGCAUAUCCCUGAGGGGCUUCAUCAGCUCCAACGAUUCUCUGAACAACUUCUCCGCGGGUGGAGGUGGAGCAAGCGGCGCCACAUCAACGGGUGGUGGAGGCGUUUUAGGAAGCACCGGAGGAAUCACGCUGUCCGUGCCCGCAAACAGCAAUAGCAACAGCAGCAGCAGCAGCAGCAGUAAACACAUUCCCAACAAACCGCCACGCAAAAGCCCGACAACCCAUUGUGAUAAAUACAGGAACAUUGUUAAAUAUGAGCCUGUGGCCAUAACGACGAUAUCCUCGCCAUCUGCCACCUCCGAUGCGAACAGUUCAGUGAUACUGAAACCCCUCGAAGGUGGUGAAUCGAUAUCCCUGCCGGACACAUCAACCGAUUUACCGCCCGACUUGCCGCUGCGCAACGAGAGCGCCUCGAAGGCACCGCCGCCGGAGCGGGACUACGAGUGCAUCGAGAACAUCACAGAGGCGUGGCGCACAAGGGGCGUGGGCGAUGUCAGGCACAGCGAACGUAUGCCCAUACUCUGCGAUACCUCAGAAUUUGUGCGCCAGCGAUCGGUAUCGAAAUCGUCGUGUGGCGGCCAGAAUACACCCAAGAUCAUAGACAUCGACAUUGGUGAGGGUUGCACUAGCACAACCACUGCCAUAAGUGAAUCCAACUACGACCGCUUGGACUUCCUAUCGCCGAACAACAAGACAUCGAGUGGCUACAAGACCAUUGUGAAUGUCACACCCGGCAAUCGCAUCCGAUGCAGUCCACCGCCACCCAAUGAAUACGAAUUGAUCGCUAGUCCCGACACGGAGAGCUUCCGCAAGGCCGAUGAUAGUCAUCGCGGCUAUGGGGUGCUGCGAAAGGCCAUCGCCACAACGAACAACAAUAAUCUAGGAAUCUCCAACAGCAAUAUCAGCGGCGGCAUUAGCACCAUCACCACUGCCACGGCCAACAAAAGCAGCCUCGAGCCGACAGCCAUCGAUCACCGCAGCUAUAAUGGCCUCAACUACACAAUGGUCAGCAAACCGAAGCGAGUGUAAAGGAUUCAGAUCGGGUCCAGAGAUCCAGAGAACCUGGAGUCGAACUGGGUGCAGUGGGGCUUGGGAUGGAUCGGGAGGAGAUAGUCCUAGUUUUUAUUUGUCCCAGAACUGUUGCUGUUUUCAAUGUAAUGCAACAAACAACUUGUUGAGCUAAAAAUUUGGUUUUCCCCAGUUGUCAAAUUUAUGACUCUUUUUGUUAUUUCGCGCCAGAUGAAAUAGCAUUCAUUUUAAGUGUUGAGAUAACAUUUGCUUGUAAGAAAGAAUGUACGAGCAUAUGUAUGUUUAAAAACAACAAAUUUCAAAAUAUUGAAAACAGUAACGUGCCAGUAACUUUCUACAUAUUUUUCAUUAAUCGCAUUUUGAGUAUAAGUGAAAAAGAAGAGACUGCCGAGUGCCUUACAGUUCUACAAAUUGAAAGAAAUAAAUCGGCUGGAAAUCGAGGGAAGGAGUGCAUGCAUCGAAUCUCCAAGUCUUAGAAUCUCUUCUUCCCUCUGCCAGGCCAAAAUGAAAUACCUUUUCGAAUCGAUCAAUUUUUUUGUAUUGUUUUUUCGUUAAUUAUGUUAAAUUCGUAAUCUGUGAUUGUAUUGUUAAUUGUAAAACUCUUGCAUUUUUAGCAAGCACUGCCCGCCACUUGAUUGCACUCGAAAAAAUUCCCCGGCCCUUACUUAAAGUGUAGAGUUUAAUCAAAACGAGCGAAACAAAGAAAAGAAAAGAAAAACUCAAUCGAUCCUGGACGUAACGAAAAUUUACAAAAUGUGUAUGCGAUUUGUGCUAAAUAUAUGUGUUUUUGUAUAUUUAAAGAAACUAGAUUUUAAAUACACUGCAAUUGUACUUGUUUCCGUUUAUCCGUCCGUCUUCUCAAGGUUUUGCUGCCAUAUAAAUUGUUAUCCUAUACGUUUUUGUAUGAUAGUUCAUAUAGCUGCCAUAGGAACAAACGGUGUGUGUUGCCAUUAUCUCAAAAAUCUCCCAAAAUAGUUGACUCUUCUUUCUCUUGUUCCAUCUUAGAAUGUAUAUAGGUUUCCUAAGUGUUGUCUUCAGUUGCACCUCCUCUCUUAACCCAAUUAAAAAAACCCCAUCUAUGCCCCAUGCACGUUCGAGUUCUCAAGCCAGGAUUGUUGGAAACGACAGUUUUGAGUAUUAUGCAAAGGUCACAACAAAAAAAUAAAUAACAAUAAACUAAAUCGAACAAACGAAGGCGAACACAAGCAGACAAGCAAAAAAAUACCAAAAGAAAACUUGUGACGUUCAUUUUACUUGAAAAACAUCAUUUUUUUUACUUACUUUACGUUACGAUUACGACUAUUGUAAUUAAUAAUUUUUGUGUCUGCCAACUAUUAUUGUGUAAAUAAAGACCAACGAAAAAUCAAACCAAUCGAA